AUGAAUAAUGAUUUUUCGUCAACGUAUCUUCAGUCAUCGAAUGGCGGCAACAAUUCGUACUCAAAUGUCGACGCCCAACCGAACAAUACUGGCUAUGAUGCCUCGCAAAACAUCCCUUAUUCUUGGGGCAUGCCCGAACAGCCACCGCCCUCAGCACCAGCAGUUCCAACAUCCGCAAGUAUAAACGCCGCUCCAUCAAAAGGUUCUUAUUCCGAUAAUAAUGGCAAAGGCAUUCCCAAUAACAAGUCGUCUGCUAUCAUAAAUGGAAGUGGUAGUGGUAAUAAUAACAUAAACAAUAGAUCUCCCGAAUACGUCGAAUACACUCAACAAUGCGUGCAAACGAUACUAGAAAUCAAUUCCGAAUUGAUACGCGUUUGUAUUGAUUAUCAAAAUAAUAACUUGCUCAACGAACAAGAAUUAAUACAGUAUAAACAACGUCUUCAAGUCAAUCUAUCUUACCUUGCGACAGUGGCUGAUGAAUACAAUAAUAACUCUCGAAAUGAAAUAAAACCAAAAGCAAUCCCUGACUUAUCACUAUUGCCUACUCCACGUGGUUCACAUGGAAAAAAUCUUAACAGUCUUGUUCAAAGAGCAGUGCAUGCAUUUGCUAAUCACAAAAAAUUUCAUCGCCAUACAAACAUUAAUUCUAAUAAUAAAGGAUUCACCAAUACUACUUCAACUCAAGCAACGCCAGAUACCGAUUCAUCUGCAUCACCACGCCAAUAUAAGUUAUCCUCGUCUUCAAAUGGUAUGAUGAAUUCAUCUUCUCAGUAUCAACAGGCUUACCAAAAACAGCAGCAAUCUUCGGCAGCAUUACAACAACAGAUUCCUCCGCAACCACCGCAACAACCUCAAAUACAACAACCGCCCCAACAUCCGCAGCAAAUGCAACAACAUUCACAGCAACAGCUGCAACAUUCACAACAGAUGCAUCAACAACAGCAGUUACAACAAGCAUCGCAACAACAACAUUCACAUCAACAAUCACAACAAAUACAUCCUCAUCAACAGUCACAACAAUCAUCAAGCAGAUAUUCAAACUCAAUGCUUCCAUCUGUCACAAUGGCAGCGGCAUAUCAACAACAUUCAUCUUCAUUACAGCAAAAUAUGAUUGCUAAUAACAUGCCUGAUUAUUCGAUGGUGACAACUUCAAACCAAGAACACUCCUAUCAAGUCUUACCGCCACUUGUCGGGGUCGGUAUACCAGUUAAUGGUAGUGUGAAUGCUGGAAAUACCAACAAUGUGAAUGGUAGUGGUAACGGGCAAACAGCAGGAGGAAUAUUACCAUCUAUUAUUGGUCUAAGUGACCAAUAUAGUAUGUCUACAUCUCAGCAACAGCAACUUCAACUGCAAAAUGUUGGAUUCUCCGGAUUUGUGGGAAGUGGAGGUGCCGGUACAGGGUUCGGGCCCGCCAAUGCAUUUGGAAUGAUGAGAUAUCCGAGUUCUGGUGGGAUGGUUAACAAUAGCGGAAUAGUAAAUAACAACACUAUAGGAAAUAAUGGAAUUGGAAUUAAUGCUAGUUAUGGUAACAAUAGUAUAUCUGGUAAUACAUUAGGUUUACCGAACAUGUUGAAUCACGAAAAUGGUAUGUGA